AUGGAAUGUGGCACGACAACAUGGCCGUCAGUGGCUUGCCAACUUGCGUUUGAAGAGUUAUUUGUUUUCAAUAGGUUAAUAUAGAGAUCCAUCAUAUAUGUUUUAAUAGUGAUUUGAGUUUUAAGUGAAAGUGCUAAAAAUAAUAUCGAUAUAUAAUUAUGGUUCAAUAGAUUCCAAAAAACAGUGUUUUAUAAUAAUUUUAACUCAGAGUGAAUAACGUUAGUUAUUUGUCAAUAAGUUUAAGAAGAGGGACUUUCUGAUUCAGUGCAUACCUAAGCAAUGAGGGCCAUUUUCACUUGGAAACAUACUGCUAUCUGCAUUUUCAAAUGAUGUCACUACCGCUUGACAUCAGGAUCAUCGAACUCGGGACUUCUGCUUCAGGUCCAGUUGCUCUAUCAAUUUACCCACGAGUGAGCCCUAAAUAAAUAUAUAUAUAUUUUUUGUUAAGCUGAACCCACUGGCGUGAUACAUGCAGCACUUGCUCCUUCGGUAAUUUGCAAAAUGAAAAUUUUAUUUGAUGUCAAGGCGAUGAAGAUACAUCCAUAACGCAAUUUUUUCAAGCAGAGCAAACUUAAUUACGCGAAUGAUUUUAGAAACGGAUAUUUGCGUUUUUAGAAGUCCAGCAAAAGUUCAAUUUGAUGAAUGUAGUGGUUUCAGCAAAAAGUUAGCAACUGCAAAUAUCACAUGGUUACAGAUUUAUGAAGCAAAAAAAGAGGACACUGUUCCCGACGUCUUAGUAACGAAGAACACUGUCAUCGCUUAUAUUUGAUGGUGGAUGUUCUACGGGAGCCCGGUUUAUAUGAGCGGCGCGGGGUGAAGGGGCUUUGAGCCCCCAAAUCCCCACGCGCAUUACUUCGUAUUAUACGAUGAAUCCUGCUUCUCCACAGUCCUUAGCGCCAGUCGCAUCCUCAGCAAUUACAACAUCUACCGGCUCUGCGAACAGCAAGACGUCGACACGUUCGUCCGGUUAUCAUAAGAAAGCACUAGCCGAAAUUAGGAAUUCAUUAUUGCCAUUUGCAAAUAGUUGUGGUCAAAAUGAAUCGGCUAAUGCGAACCUUGUUGUUUCGCACAACGCUAUUAUUGGGAAUGCGACGUCUCCCGCUAUUGAUAAAGAUCUUCAAGCAUUGAGGCAUGCGCUCACGCAACUCCUAUCUCUUGGUUUUUCUGAGGAAGCUUCUCUUCGAGCUCUGAAGUUUGCAGGUGGGCGUUUUGAAGCUGCUCAUGAUUUUCUCACAUGUCAAAAAGGGGAAUCGAUAAGUGGAUUAUCAAAAGGAAAUGGCAGCGGUACCAGCGGCGGUAGUUUGUGUGGGCUGGGUACCAAGCUAAUAAGAAAACCAAGUUUGGAGCGGGACAUGAGUUUACAUAGAGGAAGCCCUGCAUUGGAUUCAGGUGCUGGUAGUUCAGGAAGUGAUAGCCCACGGCUUACUGAGAUUGGCCAUCCACAACUAAGUAGGCAAUACUCUCCUAGUAGUUUUGGCGAGCCGCCGCCACCUCCGCCUCCUCCUCGAUGUUCUUCAACACCACCACCUCCUCCUCCUCAUGCGUCCUAUGCACAGGUUGCUCCAGCCAAUAUGCAACAAUUACUAAAAAGAAUGUCUCCAGCACCUGCCGUUCCGGCCAGGACAUCUGUUGCUAAUUCUGUAUGUGCAUCAUCUGGACAAGGCCAGACUAGAGGAACAAGCCCAGUAGCUGCAUCCGGUACAUCAAGUUCUGCAUCUGGACGACAACCUAUGAUAGUACAAAAUGGACCACAAGCUCAACAACAGCUCAAUCAACAGAUGCAAGCAUUAAGCCUCUUUCAAAAUAGUGGAUCAUCUACAGAACCUCCACCACCUUACCCUCUUCCAAAUGGACCGCCACCACCUCCUUCAUAUACUGCUUCAAUUCAAAGUCGACAGAGUCCUACUCAGCAAGAUUAUCGAAAAAGUCCUUCCUCAGGGAUUUAUUCUGGUGGCACAUCUGCAGGUUCACCCAGUCCAAUAACAGUAUCACAGUCAUCAGUUCAAUCUGCUACACAAAUGGCACGACCAUUGCCUUUACAAGCUUGGGGGUCUAGGCAAACAAAAACACAGCCUCCAAUUAUAAUGCAAUCAGUUAAAAGUACACAAGUUCAAAAACCUGUUCUUCAAACAGCUAUUGCCCCAGUUGCUCCUCAAACAGCAACACCAGCAGCUUCAACUCCUUCUCCAGGAACAAGUCAGCCUCCGCCACCUUCUUAUGCAGUUUCAAUACAGCACAAAAGCCAUGUGGCUGCUUAUCCAUGUCAAAAAACCAACACUGUUGCACAGCCUGUUACAAGUCCAAUACCAAAUACUGUUAUCGUGCCUACAACAGAACCACCAAGUUAUGCCAGCACUAUGCAAGCGUUAGCUGUUCAGAGAAGUAUCAGUCAUCAUCAGUUACCGCCACCACCUUAUACAAAUGCUGAAGAUAGUGUUUCUACUGUUGAAAGUUCAUCUGUACCUAGAGCAUCACCUUCAAUUGGCAAUCAUAAUCCAUUACAAAGAAAAUAUUCUCCUAUCAUUCCUGUAGAUUCCAGAUCCGAAAGUCCACAAUCUGCGUCAUCUAGUGAUGGUCGUUGUAAUGUAGUGAACGUUGUUUCAUGUUUCCCUUCUUCUAGCACUGAACCACCUGUGUUGACCACACCACCAUUACCACCAACUGCCUCAUCUUCAGUUAUUAAUAAAAAUAAUAAUAAUAUAGUUAAUGGUGACAAAAAGGGAGUAACACAUAAUUCAUCCAGUCUGCCAUCCUGUAAAAAAAUUAAACAUCAAUCUCCAAUUCCAGAAAGAAAACAUAUAAGUAAAGAAAAAGAAGAAGAACGUAGGGAUUGUAAAGUGAGAAAUUAUUCACCACAAGCUUUUAAAUUUUUCAUGGAGCAACAUGUAGAAAAUAUUCUGAAAUCAUAUAAGCAACGUCUAUUUCGGCGUAUGCAACUAGAGAAGGAAAUGACCAAAAUUGGUUUAAGUAUAGAAGCCCAGUGUCAAAUGCGAAAAAUGUUAUCUCAGAAAGAAUCUAACUAUAUAAGAUUGAAACGAGCAAAAAUGGAUAAAUCCAUGUUCACUAAAAUUAAACAUAUAGGUGUAGGUGCCUUUGGUGAAGUAACUCUAGUCCGAAAGAUAGAUACUAAUCAAUUAUAUGCUAUGAAAACUUUAAGGAAAGCUGAUGUUUUAAAAAGGAAUCAAGUAGCACAUGUGAAAGCUGAAAGGGAUAUUCUGGCAGAGGCGGACAAUGAAUGGGUCGUUAAAUUGUACUAUAGUUUUCAAGAUAAAGAUAAUCUGUAUUUUGUUAUGGAUUAUAUACCUGGUGGCGAUCUGAUGUCUCUUCUGAUCAAAUUACAAAUUUUUGAAGAACCUCUAGCAAGAUUUUAUAUUGCUGAGUUAACGUGUGCUGUUGAAAGUGUUCAUAAAAUGGGCUUCAUUCAUAGAGAUAUCAAACCAGAUAAUAUUUUAAUUGACAGAGAUGGACAUAUCAAAUUAACUGAUUUUGGGCUCUGCACAGGAUUUAGAUGGACACAUAAUUCAAAAUAUUAUCAAAGAAAUGGGGAGCAUAACAGACAAGAUUCAAUGGAUCCUUCUGAAGAUUGGGGUAAUGAAUGUCGAUGUCACCAACUGAAACCUCUGGAACGACGAAGAAGAAGAGAACACCAAAGAUGCCUGGCUCAUUCACUAGUUGGUACUCCAAACUAUAUUGCACCAGAAGUUUUGGAAAGAACUGGAUAUACUCAAUUAUGUGAUUGGUGGUCAGUGGGAGUUAUUCUUUAUGAAAUGUUGGUGGGUUCACCACCAUUUUUAGCUAAUACACCCAGUGAAACGCAACAUAAGGUGAUAAAUUGGGAGACAACACUCCAUAUUCCGAAAGUUGCAAAUUUGUCUAGAGAAAGUACUGACCUAAUAUUGAAGCUUUGCUCUGGACCAGAGAAGCGCCUAGGAAAGGAUGCUGCUGAAGUGAAAAGUCAUCCUUUUUUCAAGAAAGUGGAUUUUGACAAAGGCUUGCGACGUCAAGUAGCUCCUCAUAUACCUCGAAUAGAGUAUCCAACAGACACAUCUAAUUUUGAUCCUGUGGAUCCUGAAAAACUCCGAAAUUCAAGUUCGGACUCAAAUAGAUCUGAUGAAGUUUUGGACAAUGGGAAACCAUUUCAUGGCUUCUUUGAAUUUACAUUUCGUCGUUUUUUUGAUGAUGGUGGUGGUCCAGGUUAUGCUAACAAAAUCAGUCUUGAUGACAAUGACAAUCAAGGUCCAGUUUAUGUGUAAUGAUUUCAACUAUAGAACCACCAUAAUAACAAACUUCUUAUGUGAUCAGACUAUCUCGGACCUAGACUCUGGUCUGGUAGUUAUUGAGCUAAUAAAAUGUACAUAAAGUUUAGAUUGAUUUAUAUAACAAUUAUCAAUUAUUAGAGCGAUAAUGCUUACAAAUUUUGAUUUAUUAAUAAAUCUGAUAUUAAAUUAUUUUAAAUAUGUAUUAUAUGUUUCUUAAAUAACUUUGUUUUGUACGAUUGGAGUAUUAAUCAAUGUGCCAGGAAUGUAAAACACAAGUGAGCUUAUAAUCAAAUCUAAUGUAAUUAAAUUUGUAAAAAAAAUUAGAAGCUUGUUAAAGCUGAUGUAUAACUCCCUCCAAUGAAUAUAAUUAAUGGCCUUAUACAUUGCCUUGAGAACUUUGAGUGGAACAUGUACAAUGAACAGUUAUUUGAAUGAUUGUGUGACUUCUGGGAUAAAUAGCCAAUUAUAUAAUAUUUAUAUAAAAUUUUAAAUAUAUGUUGUAAAAUAUUGUGAAAUUGCUUGCAUUGUGGAUUAUAUAAUUCAAAAAAAAAUUUCACUUGAACUAUGAAAAUUGUUGGUGCUAAAAAAAACUUGAAAUUGUAUGUAAAUCUGUAUGUCUGGUGGUAAUAUAUUUUAAUAAUAGGCUCAGGUAGUUUCAUUUAUUAAUGGAUAGGAUUUUAUGAGU